CGAACAAAUCUAAACUGGAACCGAUCCGAUCAAUCGGGUUGCCAUGUCUUAUUUUAGGCCUAUAUACUCUCUUCAAGUUGUUUCUCAUUCCCAAAACACUCCGGAAUCCGGAUACUUGGAUGACAAACAAAACUCACAGAAUUUUAAUGAGUACUCAAUCCCGUAUCCGGGUGCCACAUAGCAUCACACACACCUAUGAAAAAACUAGAUUAAUCAUCUCUUUGAGAUUUCUGCAACCCACAAUUUCCAUGUCACCAACCUCUAGCUUUGUCAAGGACUUUGCAGCGGAAUUGGGCACAAUACAUUUUUUGUAUCCCAGUUUUGCCACUGUAUUCACCCUUUUGUCCAUUAAUGGGACCUGCAUUUAUUAUGUAGAUUCAGCAGAAGAAUGUACUGACAAGGACGAUCAUAUGACUGAUGAUCCUCCUAAGGAUGCAACUACUAAGAAAGUGUGGUUGAGGGAUGAUGCUCGACUAUUCCUCCAAAUCCGGAACUCAAUUGAUGGGGAUGUGCUUGGGUUAGUUGGCCAUUGUGAAACAGUUAAAGACUUGAUGGACUAUUUGGAAUUUCUAUAUUCAGGUAAGGGAAAUCUUACUCGUAUCUAUGACGUAUGUAAGGCUUUCUAUCGGGCAGACCAGCAGGAUCAAUCUCUUCAAGCAUACUUCAUGGACUUCAAGAAGACAUAUGAGGCCUUAAAUUCAUUGAUGCCCUUCACUCCAGAUGUCAAAACUCAGCAACAACAGCGAGAGCAGAUGGCAACAAUGAGUUUCUUGGCAGGCUUGGCCCCGAGAUUUGAGACUGCCAGAGAAAGGGUCCUUGCAGACUCUGUGGUUCCCACUUUACAGGAUGGGUACUCACGGAUUCAACGUAGUGAAAGUGUAAAACCCAUAGAGCCUUCAGAUGGUGCACCCCAGAAUGCUCUUAUAAGUCAGAGGAUGCAAACUGAGUCACCAAAGCAACCAUAUAAGUCAUUCGUUCGUAGUGGCACCCCACAGAAUCAAGAGCCCAUAAUCUGUCAUUAUUGUCACAAAGAGGGACAUUUUAAGCGUGAUUGUAGGAAACUUCAACUUCAAGGAACUUCUGCAGCGAUCAUCUCCUUCUAUGACGGCAAUUACGAAUUCAGGUAACGAUAGUGCUUGUCUUGUCUCGUCUUCCUCCAAGUGGGUUAUUGAUUCCGGAGCCACAGAUCAUAUCUCAGGUAAUCCUAGUGUCUUCUCCACUUUUCAGCCCUACACAUCUCAUUCCCCUGUUACCCUUGCUGAUGGUUCCACAUCUAAGGUCCUUGGGUCAGGCUCGGUUAUCCUAACUCCAAAUAUGCAUCUGUCUUCUGUUUUGAGUUUACCCAAUUUCUCAUUUAAUCUGUUGUCUCUUAGUAGACUUACUCGUGAUCUUAAUUGCUUUGUCACAUUCUUUUCUGACCAUUGUGUGUUUCAGGAUCUUACGACGAAGAAGAUUAUUGGUGAAGGACGUGAGACUAAUGGCCUGUAUCUUCUCAACACUUCCAUUCCUAAAGCAGCUGCUUGUGUUGGGAUUGAGUCACCUCUUGAGAUUCAUUAUCGUCUUGGUCAUCCAUCCUUGUCCCUGUUAAAGAAAAUUUGUCCUCAAUU